AUGGCAUUAAUUGAUGAAUAACAGUAUUAUAGUAUAGGAGGAACUGUGUCUUAAAUUUAUGAAUCAGCCUUAUCCCUCUAUCACUUUUGCUCCAUAGAAAAUUAGAGCAAAUAGCAAGCAUUAUAAGCAAUUCUUAAACUGUAACAACUUAUAAUUAAGUCUUUGGAACCAAAGCUAGAUAAGAAAAUACAUCUCUUAAUGGCUAAAUUAUACGAAAGAAUGGCUUAAUUAGAAAAGGGAGCUUAUGAAUCCAAUCAAUUUUGCAUUUAGGCUUAUAAAGUUGCUAGUCAAGUUCUUUCUCCAGAUGAUUCUUUGUUACAAUAUUAUGAAUCACAUAUUCAAAUUGAUAAUCAACUAUCUUAACCUCCUAAGCCAUUAUCCAUAACACAUUUAUAAGAUAAUAUAGUCUUAUUAGAAGAAAGAGAUGUAGUUAUUACUGAUUAGCCAGGCCUUAUGAGAGUUACUUAUAAUCAUAAGGCUAAAGAGCUUAUAAUUGUAUUUCUAAAUCUUAAAUGCAUAUUUAAUUUAUCAGAUAUUGAAAAUGAAAUUACAAUUUACAAUUUGUAGAGUUUACCUGUAUUUUUAAAUGAAUUUGUGAAUGUGAUAAGUUAAUAAUUGGUUCUUGAAGAAACAUUAAUUAUAGCAACUAAUAUCAUCACAUUAGAAUCAUUUGAAAAAUAAGUUCAAAUUACUUAAAAAACUCGUGGACACUAUUUUGCUUACUUCACAGAACAAGUACUUGAUUAUAUGGAUGACGAAUCAGUACAUCCUCUAUUGAUUUAAUGA